GGCGCUUGGCUGCGAGCUGCUGCGGUUCCUCAGCCCCCUGCACCGCAGAGCGCACGCGCAAGCCGGCCACGGCGCAUGCGCUGCUGGUUUUGGUCAGGGCGUGGAGACGUUCAGUCAGGCCAGGGCGUGAGGCAUGCGAGGUGAGUUCACUGGGCCCCGGGGCAGGAGAGCGGCCGGCGCGCGGGCAGCCCAGCCAGCGGCCUGGGCGGGGCUCGAGCCCCAGUGGCCGUGAGGGCGCGAGAGGCAUCCAGUGCAGGGCAACGCGCGGCUUCGUGAGGGAGACUCCGCGGCGGGUCCUACAGGGGCCUUGUGGAAAAGCCACUCCAGAGGCGAGGGCUGCGUCUGACUGCCCUAAAAUCACUGCCCGUGCAGGGAGGGACCCAGGACGGCCCUGCGCUGAGAAGAAACUAGAAACAGAGACACUGAAAGUUUCUCCUCAAAAGUUUGGGGAUUUUCAGUACCUGUUAGUGAAUAGGCCUUAUCAAGCUGUGAGCCAAAUCCAGGAGUUCUGCUUGCAAUGGCUGCAGCUGGAGCUCCUCACUAAGGAGCAGAUGAUAGAGCAACUAGUGCUGGCACAGUUUCUGAGCAUCCUGCCAGAGGAGAUUCAGACAUGGGUUAGGUCAAAACAGCCCAAGAACAGCAAAGAGGCAGGAACCAUGGUGGCAAACUUUAUUCAAGCAUGUGAGAAGGAAGGUUUCCUUGCUCAGGACUCUGUCCCUGCAGAAAAGAGGAACACAGAGAUGUUAGACAAUCUGCCAUCUGCUGGGUCCCAGUUCCUGGACUUCAGACACUUAGGAGCAUUUCUGGUGUUUGAGGAGUUGGUGACGUUUGAGGAUGUGUUUGUGGACUUCAGCCCGGAGGAAUUAAGCUCCCUUAGUGCUGCUCAGAGAAACCUCUACAGGGAGGUGAUGCUGGAGAAUUACCGGAACCUGGUCUCCCUGGGGUACCAGUUUUCUAAACCUGACAUUAUCUCACGCCUGGAAGCGGAGGAAUCACGUGCAAUGGAGAAAGACAGCAGACAUACAGUGAUUUGUCAAGGAGAGGCUCAUGACAAUCCAUUGGAACCACACCAGGGCAACCAAGAGAAACUUUUGAGUCCUAUAAAAAUGAAUGACCCCAAGACCCUCACUCAGGAAAGAAGCUGUGGCAGUGAUGAAUUUGAGAGAAGCUCUACUCUUAGUGAACAAUCCGAGGAUCCUCUAGGAAAGGAUCCCCAGGAGGACACUGCUCCUGGCAUAUGUACAAGUCCCCAGUCAGCUUCCCAAGAUAACAAACACAACAGAUGUGAAUUUUGCAAACGAACCUUUAGUACUCAAGUAGCCCUUGGGAGACACAAACAGAUCCAUACUGGGAAGAAACCCUAUGAAUGUAAACAGUGUGGUAAAGCCUUCUAUCUCAUGCCACACCUCAACAGACAUCAGAAGACCCAUUCUGGUAGGAAGCCUUCUGGCUACAACGAAGGUAGAAAGCCUUCCAUCCAGUGUGCGAAUCUCUGUGAACGUGUAAGAAUUCAUAGUCAGGAGGACUACUAUGAAUGUUUUCAGUGCGGCAAAGCUUUUCUCCAGAAUGUGCAUCUUCUUCAACAUCUCAAAGCCCAUGAGGCAGCAAGAGUCCUUUCUCCUGGGUUGCCCCCCAGCAAGACAUACUUAAUUCGUUAUCAGCGGAAACAUGACUACGUUGGAGAGAGAGCCUGCCAGUGUUGUGACUGUGGCAAAGUCUUCAGUCGGAAUUCACAUCUCAUUCAGCAUUAUAGGACUCACACUCAAGAGAGGCCUUACCAGUGUCGGCUGUGUGGGAAAUGUUUCGGCCGACCUUCAUACCUCACUCAACAUUAUCAGUUCCAUUCUCAAGAGAAAACUGUUGCGUCCAAUCACUGUUGAGAAACCUUCAGUCACAGCACACACGUUUCUCAACAUUUUUGGCUUCAUCCUAGAAAGAGUGUUCUGAAUGUGAGAAGGCCUUUCACUAGCCCCGACACCUUUUUAACAACUUGAGAAUUCAUCAAAGUGUGGU